AGCUAUUCUGGCUCAAGCUGGGCGUCGCCCCCAUCGAAUCUCCGCCCCCGCCGCCGCCACAGCUACACAAUGGCGGCCGCCCCGCCCCUGGUGCGGAGCCCGACCGCUGACGUUGACGACGCUGCCUCUCCAGAGGGCGGCAAACAUGACGUGUGGGCCGCCAUCGAGAAGCAGCUCGAGGACGAGCUCCACGAGGCCCACGCCACCAUGGAGCACGUGGAGCUCUUGGCCAUGGCCGAGGCCGACGAGCUGCGCCGGCGCUCCGGGCGCGCCGGCGGGCGCGGGCUCGCCUCGUGCGGUCCAGGGCAGCGCCACCUAUGCCUGCACUUCCUGAGCGGGAUGGCGCGGUUGGGCCAGAGCUCGCCGCAGUGCUUCUUCUGGGCGAUGGGCAUGUUCGACGGCAGCUUCGCGGCGAUGGCGGGCGAGGGGCCUUUCGAGGAGAACCGCCGCGUCCUCGCAAGCGCCGCGGCGGCGUGGCUCGUGGCCGCGAAGUGCGAAGGGCACGCGGCCCAGGGCCCGCCGACGGCGCUGCAGAUAGCCACGCUGCACGCCUCGCAGCUCUCCGAGGCAACGGGCGGCCCCCCCAUCCUCGCCGACGACGUCCGGCGGGAGGAGCUGGGGCUGCUGAAGGCCAGCCUGCCGAACCUGUAUGCGCCGACGAUGCUGCAGUGGAUCGACCUGGUGCGCGCGCGCUUCGACGCCGUCUCCCGGCGCCGCGCCGUGGGCGUAUUCAAGGCCACGGCGCCAUGGAUGCACGCCGUUGCCGCCCUGGCGUUGCGGGCGAGCCCGCCGAGUGAGCAGUUCCCGCCGCGCGCGAUGGUGGCGGCCACGUCCGGCCUGGCCCUCGUCGCGGCCGGCCUGCUCCGCGCGGACGCGUUGCUUCCAGCCUACAUGACUGACGCGCGCUGGCAAGACGCCCUCGACAGGGUCCUGCAGGAACCGGAGGAGCGCCUCAGGGACGUCGAUCCCCGUAGUUUGGAGCCGACGGUGGCACGUGCCGCUCUGGAGUUCGCGACGGGCCUUACGAUCGAGGAGGUGCGAAACUACGUGCCGUGCGUGGUGAUGUUGGCCAUCGGGGCGCGCAACAUUCAGCAGCAGGAGCAGCACACGGCGGCGAAGCAGGAGGCGCGUGCCCCUGGCAGCAGGGCUCCUCUCACCGCCCUGCUCGUCGUCGAACUCCGAGUUCAAGACGGACUAGACAGCUGCCUGAACGAAUAAUCCGAGCCGCAGUGGUCCUCCUCCACCCCAUGAUCUCAUCCCCUCCGCCGCCGCCCGAUGACCUCACCUGGAUCCAAUCGGUGCAGGACGUCUCCAACUUCUGAACUGCACAUAGGUUUAUCGUUUAGGUGUCGGGUCUGGAACCUUUGGGGGAUUGCCCAAGCGACGAUUUGUUGACGCAAAUAGGUCUGUCGAUUUUUUUCCGCAGCACGAGCAGACGCAGCAUCCAGCGUGCCUGACCAGUCAUGCGCAGUUGGGCGACCAAUGCAUCCUCGUACAGAGGGGUCAUUCUGUAAUGUCUGAAGCAGUUCAGGUGGCCCAGAGGAAAACUUUAGAGUCUCUCCCUCCCUUGCUGCGCGGACCAGGGCGGCCAUGAGUGUGUACUCCCCCUCCUUCUCCUCCUCCUCCUCCUCUUCCUCCUCCUCCUCCUCCUCCCAGCCCCACUCCCCCGUCUCAUACCACACUGCUUGCACUGUCCUUAGCUGUGCGGCUGCUGGCCCAGUCGGCUCGCUUGCGUGAGUUGGCGGCUCGGGGACCCCGCACUCCUCGUCCUCCUUCGCGUCCUCCGAGUGCUGCUGCUGCUGCUGCUGCUGCUGCCUCUUCCUCUUCCUCUGGGGCCCCCCCAGCCGUUUCGUUUGGGUGAGAAGCAGGUCCUGGAAGCAAUCCCUGGAGAUUGCCGCAGGUUUACUCCCCAGGGACGGCGUUUUUCAGAACCAGAACCGCGGGUGAAGCCUCGGGGACAUAGUUCUGUUGUUUUUUAAGAGCCUCGAUCUUGCUUGGCCAUCGGUCUGCAGAUUUUAAGCCGUGCCGCCGCCCCCCUCGAACGCGUUGAUGCCCGCGUCUCGGGGCGGAUUGGGGCCCGAGCACUCGCCCCGUGCCUGCAGAGGCUGAAUGCCCUGCAAAGCUGCCUGCGCAGGCCACUCGGGGACCCACUUUUUAAUUCGAGCUGCGCUGACUUGGCGAUCGCGAUUGGUCCCCCAGAGUAGUUCGAGUUCGAGUUCUGGUCCUCCUCCUCCUCCUCCUCCUGCCCCUCGACCGGACAGUAGCACCUAUCCGGGGGGGGGGGCAUCGUUUCCAACCCAUGUAUGGUAUCACGACAGCAGCUCAGCACGCUGCGCGGCUAUUCCGAACAUACCGCGCAACGAACUCAGUAGUUUCGAGUGCGGUCUCCCUUGCUCGGGCACCGGCCAGGCGCGAGGGCCAUCCAUCGCAACCGGCCCGCAUGCGAUACCGACGGUUGCGCACGUGAGUUGUGAGCCGUGCGUUCUCCCAGCGCUGAGGUGAUGUGGCCGUCCCUCCCCGCGCCAUGAUAUCGAGUCCUUGAGUAAUGCAUCUGGACUCGAGCCAAACUGGUCACAGACUCCUGCUCCUCCUCCUCUCCCUCCUUCGUCGCAGUGCCCACCUCUCCUUGCCCCUCCCCACGUCUGCUGUACGAUAGCUACUGCGCACGAGCCAGCACGAGGCCCGGGCCCUUUGAAGCCUGCCCCAAAUCUUGGCGGAAGUGCGCUUCAAAGCGCUUGGGCAAUUGAUGCCGGUGCCUGCCUUUUUUGCCUUACGGUGCGGCUCUAUGUUUAUGUUCUGCCCGUGGAACUCGAGGCGGCUGAUUUGUUCUGGCAGUGCUGCAAGCAAGAAACAACAUUGUAGCUGAUAAUGUGUUGCUGCAGCUUCCUCAUGCUUGCUUCGCUUUGGGCAGCAAAGUCGCAGUUGGCGCCGCUGCGCGCCAAUAGGUGGAAGAGG